AUGGAAGCAAGGUUCGUGACCUGCCGGAGUUUCCAGCAGAUCAAGCCGCCCGAGAAGAGCCUCGCGCCGCAGCCGACGGUGAAGGGGCUCUUGUCUCGCUUUGGCAGUCAGGCCCAGGCACUUUUCGCGCCGAAAAAGCCCCGUUUCGGUUCAUCGGUUGCGAUACACAAGCUCCGCGAAACGAAGUGGUUCAAGCACGAUGAACAGAAUAUACUUUGUGCUGUCCUCGAAUCCGGGUUCGUGCUCGAAGUCCGAGCGGAGGACCCACUGCCACCGGACUCGACACUGUCACCAGACUAUCACAUGUACGCCAUCGCAAUGUGGAAGAAGGGUAAAGAAAAAACAAAAAACCCGGAACAGAUAGAGGUGUACACAGUGCAACAAAAAGGUGUUCGCAAGCGUGUAAUCAAAACUACUCUGGGUGCCUUCUGGAAGAAAGACUCCUUGAUACGCAUCAACAAUGUGGAUGAUAAACAGGAGACUCCCAACAACGAGAAAGACAUAAGGGCAAAGCUUGACAUGGCCACUAAAUCCAGAUUCGAGAGGAACUGGCAUAACACCCUCCAUUUUGUUCAUUGGUGCCGGUAUGGUGAGACGCCGCAAGAAGCUCGCAUGAGACAGAUAAGCGAGUCGCUAAAAUGGGGCAACAUUGGAAUGAACAUGGGCGUUAUGCUCGUGAGUCAGAAUAAUGCAAGAGCCAAGGCAAAAUCAGUCUGA